GUUGUUGGAGCAGCCUGCAUGAAAGCUAAAAGAUGAAGAAGAAUGUGCUCUACUCUAUAGUUUUCUUGCUUUUUCUCUGUACAAGCAGAACAGCUUCAGAAAGUGCUGAUUCUGUGGGAAAUUUCUGCAAUAACAGCAAAAAUAUAAGUAGCUCCACGGUUUCAGCCAAUGUGCAAAGCCUAUUAGCUCAACUAGUUGAGACCACAGCUAGAAAUGGCUUCGCCUCAUUAUCCUACGGCAAAGGAGAUAACACUGUCUAUGGUUUAGCACAAUGCAGAGGUGAUGUGAGCAGCAAAGACUGCUCAGAUUGCGUGCAAGACGCAGCCAAAAAGAUCGGUAAGGCUUGUCCGAACCAGGCGGAUGCAAGGAUAUGGUAUGAUUAUUGCUUCCUAAGGUAUGACACGAGGGAUUUUCGCGGUGAGGUGGAUACAGUUGGGAUUUUAUAUGCCAAUGUGGAGGAUGUUAAGGAUCCCGAAUAUUUCAAGCAGAAGCUUAGUUCAAUUUUUAACAAGACGAAUUCGGAUGCCUUGGUGCCUAGUAACAAAGGGCUUGGCAAGGCAGAGUCGAAAAUAUCAACAUUUGUGACACUUUAUGCCCUGGUGCAGUGCACCAGGGACUUGCCAGAGAGGGGUUGUGCGCGGUGCCUCACCACUGCUCUUACUAAUUUUGAUGGUUUCUGCGACAACAAGAAAGGGUGUCGGGUUUUGUAUAGCAGUUGUUUUGUCCGCUAUGAGGAGUAUCCGUUUUACUUCCCUCUUGAAACGCAGAAUUCCAACAUGUCAAAUUAUGUAUCAAAAGUUUCUAGGCCUUGAUAACUGAUAUGUAUAAGUGUAAUUGUAGCUCUGGAGAAACUUCUAUAUAUUAUUUCACUUGAGUAGUA